CUCGAUUUUCGGGCCAGAAUUGUCACUGUAUAUCUAAACCUGUCUCUACCUGAUCCAAGCCAUAGUGGAAGUGCAGCAUGGUGGUGACGCUGGCUGAACGACAGGCAACACAACGAUCCAGACAGCUGGAGCUUCUCGCGGUGGAGCUGCUCCGCAGCCUGAAGAGCUCCUGUCAAACGGCGCAUGCCUUGGGACGGCGGCAGCUGACCUGGGGUGCCGUGGUGCCAGGGGUACAGGCAGGUCAAGAGGAGGACAUGGACGACGUCCUCGCCAUGCUGGAUCAGAAGAUGACAGAAGAUCAGAAGUUGGGUCCAAGCUUCAAGAAGAUCGAAUGGUGCAAAGCCCAAGCGCCCACUGAGUGGGUGCCACAACCCGCACGAUUCGGUUCUCACAUGCAAGUUCGUGUUCAUUGGAGUGAUGGUGAUGGAAUCUACUUCGAGUGAGUCAAGUCUAAGUCUAAGUGGUUUUGCAAGUACCUGUGGUUUGCCGUUUGUUGCCAAAGCAAAUUGCCAAGAGCAUGAUCCCGCAGCCCGCUACUUGUCGACCAAGCUGUCUUAUACUUGAACCCCAAUCCAACAGAACCCAGGACCCAAGAAAUAAAAGCACAGCCGUGUUCUGUUUGGAUCAACGAACCUGCAUCCUUAAGGGAUUGCACUGUUCUGCUGCAGAGGACUCCCAAGGAUGUCAGCUGCAGGUGUCGAAUUCGUUUUGAACAGUGAAGUGUUUGUAGAAAGCCAGCACCAAAAUUGAAGUCUCAAAUCAUUAAUGAUUAAUGGGUAUGUGCUAAGCGCAAACAGUCUUGCGAGACCUCUGGUGUC